AAAAAACAAAACAAAAAAAACCCCAGCUCUGCACCGACUUCCUGACACACAUGCACAAAGUGUUGCUGUUUAGACUUUGAACACGCCCACACUCUCACACAUAUUAGAAACAUGCUUCAUGAAACGCUUUCAGUUUGAGCGACACCGCUGCACUCAGACCGCUGCAAAGAUGGAGUUUGCUUGCAGCCAUGUUGUUUGCAACUGGAGUCCAGAUGGACCAGGCGUUUUUCCUAUGGGGCCCGAGUAUGACAACAUAGUGCCAGUAAAACAACAAGCAGAUGAGGUUCCUCCACCGCUGCCCCCUCGUCGACUGAGGAAACCUCGGCCUACUUCUCUUCCUCUUUACAACAAUUCCUCCUUGGAGCCUCCGUCUGCUCCUCCCUCCCUCCCUCCUCCUGUUCCUCCCAGACUUGACAAGCUGGAAGGAUUAACCAGGUUGAAGGCCAACGUCAACGUUGUCUCACUCAAUGUUGGAAAACUGGUUGACACUAGUCAAGACUCAGGCAUGGAGACUUUUCAAAGGCCAGUGAUUUGUGGGAAAUGUAGUGCUGCUUUGUCAUGUCUCAGUUCGUUACAGAAGAACGUUUGGCGAUGUGAGUUCUGUGGAUAUGAAAACAGCGUAGACGAAAGUUUAGCUGCUUUGUGCAUUGGCCAGCGAGCCGGUGUGCGCAGUGAUGACCUUUACCUGCCCAGACAGAGUGAAGACGACUAUCAGAACUUAGAGGACACGCUAGUUGUUUUCUGCGUGGACACUUCUGGCAGCAUGAGCGUUACUACAGAGGUUCCAUCAAGCAAUGGCUCUGUAACAUACGUAUCCAGACUAGAGGGUAUGCAGGACGCCCUCUACAGGGCACUAUUCACCAUAAAGCAACGGUCCCCUCAUCGGAGGGUGGCUCUGGUGACAUUUAACGAUGAGGUUGUAAUAUAUGGUGAUGGUACUAGUGCUCCUAUCACACUCAGGGAUUGGGCGCUAGUUGACUACGACCAUAUAUGGGAAAAGGGUGUGACUUACCACAUCCCACACUGUAUCGCUGAGACCUACAACCACCUAAUACAGAGGGUCAAAGAACUCAGGGAACAUGGAGCCACGUGUCUUGGUCCCGCAGCAUUAGCCUCCGUUGCCAUGGCUUCAAGGUACCCCGGGUCAAAAGUCAUUUUAUGUACUGAUGGCAAAGCAAACAUCGGACUGGGAGAGAUGGAGGAAGCUCCCUCUCUGACUCCUUCUGCCUUUACUCCAUAUUUCUAUACUCAGCUGGCUCUAGAUGCGGUACAGAAGGGAGUCAUAAUAUCAGUAAUGACUUUUGAAGGGACAGACUGUCGCCUGGCUGAUAUUGGUAAACUGGCAGAUGCUACGGGAGGAAGAGUAAAUAUUGUCAGCAUUGGCACGGUAGCAAGAGAGAUUCAAUCGGUCUCCGAAGAUAACGUCCUAGCUACAGGAGUCAAAGCAACCCUGCUCGCUUCUCAUGGAGUGUAUUUUCCAUAUGAGGAUGAAAACAAUCACAAACUGGUAAGAGAGAUUGGGAAUGUCACCAAAGGUCUGGAGAUCACCUUCCAGUUUGCUGUAAAACCAGAUUUUAUGGAAUUUUUUCUCCAGAAAGGAACGCUUCCAUUCCAAAUGCAGCUCAGCUUCAAGACCAGAGACCAACACAGAAUCACUCGCAUCAUCACCGAACAGCGACCAGCAACUACCUGCAGUCGGAUUUUUGCAGGUAGACUUAACAUGGCAGUGCUCGAUGUUCACUGCGCACAGCUCUGUGCCAGUUUAACCAUGGAGGGUAAAGUGCAGGAGGCACAAAGGCAGCUGAAAGCACAGCAAGACCUGAUGCAACAAGUCAGCAAGUGGAGGCCAAUCCAAAAGGAAGAGAGUAUAUAUGGUAACUGGAUGGAAACCAUGACGACAAUUUGUGAGGACAUUACCACGGAAUCCCAGCUGACUCUUUCUGAUGAAGCAGCUAAGGUGGUGUACCAGAUGAAGAGAGCCAGCAGUGUCAGAAACAACAACAACAGCAGCAACACAGUUAAUGUCCAAAAGAAGACCACAAAGAAGAAAAAGGCUGUCAUGGAGGCUGUGUAAAUUAAAAGACAAAACAAAACUGUUUAUUAAGCAAGUAAUUUUACAGCAGUGAGAGAACCAUAGUUUCUUUUUAUUUAAGAAGCCCAGAGUACAGACAGGCAAAUGUAUAUGACUAAAAAUCUUCUGUGUCUGAGAUGCUGUUGUACAAUAGAUUCAAUAAGAGCUCCUACCUCUUUGCUUAUUCCACGCCUAAUUAUUGAGCUGGAAAUGGAUACAAUUUUUCCAACAUUGAUCUACUCUAGAAAAACUGUACGAGGAGUUUUAUCACAUUUUUAAAUGCAAAAUCUCAUAAACUGAAGAAUUUAGAGUGGUUGUAACUGACUUUGUAGAAGCUGUUACGAUUAUAGUUUUCUUUGUAUUGUAAUUAUAUUUCUUAAUAGUCUACAACAGAGAUGGGCAGUAACGAGUAAAGUAAGGCAUUAAUACUGCAAAAAAGGUCAUUAGAUUACUGUUACUUUCCCGUAAGCACGCUGCGUUACUGCGUUACUCUCACAUUGCGUUUGUGAGAGUGUCUCAUGGCAAUGACAUAAGCGAGUGUGACGUUCGUGGCAACUGUGUGCAGAUUAACAAUGGAUAAUAUAACGAGUGCAGGAGUAUGAGGUGCAGUAUUUAAUGCGUGGAAGUACUGACCUUACUUUGAGUUUGAUUCCGUAAAAAGUGACAAAAUCAUCAGCAUCUGCUGCUCACUGUCUGGGAAGAAAAUUUCUUUUUACAGG